CAUCAUGUCCUGCUCCGGUCUGCUGCAUCCCUGCGCGGUGCAAGCACCAUUCCAAACACGCAACACGAAUCCGAUGGCGCUGCAAUCGGGGCGAUUAGGCGUGCGCAGCACAUCAUUCGGCCAUCAGCAUUACAGUGUACCCAGGCCGAUUAACCUCGCGGCGCCUGUCGCGCAGCGUGCGUCGCCCAUCGUGCGGGCCAGCGGUGACCGGGGCCCCGGCGCAUUCGGCAACGACGGUAACAGCGAUGUGGUGUUCGUGGCCAAGCUCGCGGCCGUGAGCUUUGGAGGCGCUGCGCUGAUCAAGUACGGGUCGCUGGUGCUGGACGUGCCGUUCGAACCCAACGGCCUGCUGGCCAUGACGCUGGUGCUGGGGCCGCCCAUCGCCUACGCCGCGCUCAUGUACACGCAGCCCAAAUAGACGCUAGCAGGCCUGGAAAAACCGUCAGCUUUUUCCCGGCUGUGUGGAGCUCCAUGGCUGCGGUGAUCGGCGGCUGUGGGGGUGGUUGGGCCAGGGUAUGGCGGGACGGCGAAACCCGAUUACAGGCACCAUUGGUUGGGAGUGGUAGUGAAUUGGCAUGGUGCUGGCCUUAAGCAACUGCUUGCGGUAAGCAGCGCAAAUAAAUAGGGUCGCGUGGUAUAUGAAGUCUUGAUGACUGGAUUGAGAGGGCUGACUUGGUUGGCACAGGCAGGCGCACGCGGGCCAGAUGAUCAGGGGAUUGGUCGGUUAAUAUCGAUGUGGGCUGCCGCGGAAUGGAUGGAUGGAUGGAUGGAUGGAUGGAUGGAGUGUUCAGGUGACUAUCCGGGUUGCCCUCGGGCAUUUGGAGCUCAAAUAGGUACAUUCCCUAGGGCAUCGACUUGCUGACCGGUGCGCGGGCGCCGACCGGGGGCAGGAGGGCGGUUCGGGACCCAUGUUCAUUCCACGGUGGACUGGAUUAUGGCAAACUUGGCAGGUUGCCUUGAUGAGAGCUGCGUUAAGCAAGAGUGAGUUUGAACACUGUAAGUUGAUAUGUCU